CUGUUACUGGGAAGCGGGUCGUAAAUAUCAUAGUAGAACCCGACAGAGGAAAGAAAGGACGGAAGCAAUGGCGGAAAAAUCUCCGGUAAAAGAAGCUGCUUCAUCGGAGAGCAUCCCCAUCUCGAACUCAAACCAGUUGAAGCCAUCUCCCCAGUUCUCCGCCAAACUGACCACCCCAACGCCACCCAACUCCGAUAUCCCUUCCACUCCCAUAAGCCGUCCUCCCGUCGUCGAUGCUGACGUCAUUCAUGUCCCUAGCUACUCCCGGUGGUUCUCGUGGGACAAGAUAGACUCUUGCGAGUCCCGCUUCCUCCCGGAGUUCUUCGAUGGACGGUCGCCGUCCAAAGGCCCCAAUCUUUACAUGUAUUACAGGAACUCAAUUAUAAAGUUAUUCAGGGAAAACCCUUACCGUAAGGUUACCUUCACUAACGCCAGGAGGAAUCUCGUUGGCGAUGUUGGGUCCAUUCGAAGGGUUUUCGAUUUCCUCGACCACUGGGGUCUCAUCAAUUACUCUGCCUCUUCGGCUGUCUCCAAGCACUCCAAAGAUACCGCUUCUAAUAAUAAAUCCUCCGAUUCCCCUUCUCUCGAAUCCCCUUCUACGGCUGCUCCCACCCCCAAGCAGUCCUCUACUUCUCGGCGGUUUUGCGGGGCCUGCAAGUCCCUUUGUACCAUUGCUUGCUUCGUUUGCGACAAGUAUGACUCCACCCUGUGUGCAAGGUGCUAUGUUCGGGGCAACUUUAGGGUUGGUCUAAGCAAUGCUGAUUUCAGGCGGGUGGAGAUCAGUGAUGAAGCCAAGGCAGAUUGGUCAGAAAAAGAGACCCUGCUGCUUCUUGAGGCUAUUUUGCAUUAUGGUGAUGACUGGAAGAAGGCUGCGCAGCAUGUUGGUGGUAGAACCGAGAAGGAAUGUGUGGCUCAUUUUGUUAAACUUCCUUUUGGGGAGGAGUAUCUUGGUAAUCCAUUUUCUGAUGAAGCUGAGUUUGGAUUUGAAACUAAUAAAAGGAUGCGCCUCACACCUCUUGCAGAUGCAAGCAACCCUAUCAUGGCUCAGGUUGAUGACAUCACAGCUAGCAGAGGGGGUAAUGGAUCUUUUGAAAGAAACACAAAACAAGAAUCAGAAAUUACAUCUAAUGGCGACACCAACCAAAAUGUAUUGGAAAGAGCAUAUGCAGAUGCAAAAUCACAACUUGACAAGAAAGAACAAGAUAUUGAAAGAGCAAUUACUGAGAUUACAGAAGUGCAGAUGAAAGAGAUCCAGGACAAGAUUGUGCGCUUUGAGGAGAUGGAUUUGCUGAUGGAGAAAGAGAGGCAACAACUGGAGAGCAUGAAGCAUCUACUCUUUAUUGACCACCUCAAUCUUUCAUUUCGUAAGAAUUCAAAUUAGACAUGAAACACUGAAGAACAAGUGAUUGAGAACGUUAACAGCAGAUGCUUUGUAAUUAAUUGUUUUAUUCUACA